CCUUGUGCUUAUACUUGUGCUUCAUUGAUUGUUCUCCAUCUCGUCUUUGUCCACGUGCCAUAUCACGACGCCCGACGCCAUGGCGCGCACCAAGCAGGGAGUGUUUUCUUGGGAGGAUGUGUUGGCGCAUCGUUACCAGAGUACGUAUAUCCCAUUCACCAGUCAUUCUCCACAUUCUGGUAACACACUAACCACCCAUCGCUCACCAGACAACAAACCCUCUGGGCUCCCCAGGUCACGUCGAUACAGCGUCGUUCAAGGUCAAAGGACGUCCUCUAAAUCCGACACCAGAACGGAAUGGGCCAUCCAGUCGCAAAGCGCCUUACUGGCCAGGCUAUCGCCCGAGCUGCGACUCAUGAUCUGGGAGAUGGUCCUGGGUGGCAUGCGCAUCCACAUCGUACAGCGUCAGAACCGGCGAAUGGGACAUAUAAUCUGUCCUCAGACCAGCGCAUGCGAUAUUUGUCGCGGUGGACUUCCGGGCAUGAAAGUGUCGGCGGGUCUGCUGGCGCUGUCGAUGACAUGUAAACAGAUAUACUGCGAGUCCAUCUAUAUGCUCUACUCGCUCAACACCUUCGAAUUCAGCAACACCUGGUCGCUGACAUACUUGCGACCCACCAUCCCGGCCGACUUCUGGGACGCCAUCCGCGAAGUCGAGCUCCGCUGGGCGUUCCCAGGCCACUGGCUCCCCUGCAAGGACCCCGUCAAGUCGGUCUACUUCUCCGCUGGCCGGCAGCAGUGGGUCGAGACGUGUCUGGCUCUCACGCAUAUGCAGGGCUUGCAGACGUUCACGCUGCAGCUGAGUGGGAGCUGGUUCUGUGAGCCGGUGGAAAAGAUCCCAGUGUUCUUGGAACCACUGCGGGAGCUGCAUCUGCGGCAGCGAUGGAAGUUGCAGCUGCCGAGGCAGCCGUACUAUGUAAAGGAGAUUCGGAAUAUUGAUGGGGAUUUGAGGAAACGAGGAAUUGAGUGUGUGGUGAGGGUAGUUUAGCAUUUCUUUAAUAGCGUGAUAGCGUGCAGGCGAUAUAUUUAUACCCUAAUAGUUGAACUGUUUAAUGGAUGGAAUUGAGUGAUCUGGAAUAUAUCAAGAUGAACACCUGCUUAACACCAGUAUACCACUAUAUAUAUCUCACUCUGCUAAUUCACAAUAUAUAUAUCACACCCGAC